AUGGCGUCCAACGCGCGGUUAAUCGCCUACGAUAAUGACCAAUCGCUUACCAUGUGUGACACUGUCACGACUAGCCAGGAGGGCCAUGUGGCCACUUUCGCCGAUCUCGAUCCUAACUGCGCUGAUUCGAGACCAGAGAUUGAACGGUUAGCUCUUGACCACCGCGAUCACGCCUUCAUUGCCGGCAAGAACGGCGAGACUCUGCAAGCCAUUGAGGACCCAUGGACCGCCCAGGCCGGUCUUAAGCGCUUCGACGAGGCCGUCGACUUGGCGAUGACACGUGGUGGUGGCGGGGCAAGCUGGAAAGCUGCAGAGCUGAAGAAUCCUCCAGCUCUGUCAUAA